CUGGCCCCAUUUUUGAGAGUUGAGAGCUGAUCAAUUCCUAUUCCUUCAGUGUUUCCAUUGCCAUGGCUGACGAUAGAGAGCCCGAGACCGGCGGCGCGGCCGCGGCUGGCGAGAAAAAUCCUGGGACCGUCCCUGGGCCGGCGGGUAGUGGUGAACAAUCCAACCCAGCACCCCCACUGGACAUCCUGCCACCCCAACACUGGGUACAAGCGGCCCAAGAUAAUGCAUCGGAUGACGACGGCGACUCGGCUCUGGGUGAGGACGCAGCGAGCUCGACCGCCUCAAUCACCUCGACUAUUCUCAAUUACAGAACGAUUCACGGCAGGACAUUCCACAGCGAGACGGGCAAUGCCCAAUACUGGGGGUCCAACGAUGACAAGAAAAAUGAGUCGAUGGAUAUCGGCCACCAUUUGAUGACGCUCACAAUGGACGGCAAGCUUUAUCGUGCGCCACUGAAGAAGAAUAUCAAGAAAGCACUUGAUAUCGGGACUGGGACGGGAAUCUGGGCUAUCGACUUCGCCGACGAGUAUCCCGACACCGAAGUAAUCGGCACCGACGUAUCGCCCAUCCAACCAGGCUGGGUCCCACCAAACCUCAAGUUCGAAAUCGAAGAUUGCACAAGGCCCUGGACCUUCCGUCCCGACUGCAUGGAUUACGUGCAUAUCCGCCUACUCGUUGGCAGCGUUAUUGACUGGACCGAACUGUUUAGGGAAGCCUACAAGGUCCUCAAGCCAGGCGGCUAUCUCGAGAGCUACGAGGCGUCGCCGGCGAUGGAGAGUGACGACGGCACCGUCGACGACAAGAGCGCCAUGCACCAGUGGGGCAAGUUCUUCAUCGAGGGCGGGCGCAAGUUGGGCCGGACGUUUACGGUUAUCGACGACAAGGUCCAGAGGAAGGCGAUGGAGGAGGCGGGGUUUGUUGAUAUCGAAGAGUGGGAUUGUAAGGUCCCCAUCGGCGGAUGGGCUCAGGACCCGAAGUUGAAGGAGAUAGGACAGUAUGCGCAGCUCUCGCUCGAGCAAGACUCGGAGGGCUGGGUACUAUUUAUGGCGAAUGUCAUGGUGGGAUGGUCGAAGGAGGAGAUCCAGGUCUACACGACGCAACUGCGGCGGGAGAUCCGCUCCGGCAAGAAACAUGCCUUCUAUCGCCAAAGGGUUGUUUGGGGUCGGAAGCCGGAGUAGUCAUGGUCGGAUCCGUAUUAGGAUAAUCGAGAUGAGUUGGCCGGAAAUGAAAACUAGAGGAAGCGCAUAAGAUCUAAAUACAGGAAGAGAG